GUGGGUCUCUGAGACCUGCAGUAAAGCCUCCAGUGCAGGGUCGCAGCCUGGGGUCCCAGCUUAGCUUCCGGUGGAGAUCAAAGCGGAGAGGUGGACGCGGGGGUCAGCCAAGAGCAUCAGUGACGUGUGUUCUGGGGGGCCUCUGACUGGACUAGGAGGGAUUGGACCAUUUUUGGAUCUCCCAUGUGACCAUCAUUAGUCUUUAUUCUAUGCACCUGCUGUGGGCUUCUGGCUCACAACGAUUAACCCAUUAAUGGCUGUACUGUUUGCAAAGUGAGAUUAUAAGCACUCCCCAGAGACUGAGCGCGGGAGCAGAUCUUCUCAUAGGGAGACAGUUCACCGCAGCCACCUCAGCCAUGGUCACUCAGAGCCACAUCACAGAUGCGACCAGCUGGAUCCCGGGGGAUCGGAAACGGACCCGAGAAUUCAUAGAAUCUGACUUCUCAGACAGUAAGAGAAGCAAAAGAGGGGAGAAGAGUGGGAAGGGGCUGCGGCAUUUCUCUAUGAAGGUCUGUGAGAAGGUUCAAACCAAAGGGACCACGUCCUAUAAUGAGGUGGCUGAUGAACUGGUGGCGGAAUUCACCAACUCUGCGGGUCACCUAGCCACCGACUCCGCCUAUGACCAGAAGAACAUCAGGCGGAGAGUUUAUGAUGCCCUCAAUGUACUGAUGGCCAUGAACAUUAUCUCAAAGGAGAAGAAAGAAAUUAAGUGGAUUGGCCUACCGUCUAACUCUGUCCAGGAGUGUGAGAAUUUAGAGAUGGAGAAACAGAGGAGAAUAGAAAGGAUCAAACAAAAGAGUGCCCAGCUCCAGGAGCUACUGCUGCAGCAAAUUGCCUUUAAGCACCUUGUUCAGAGAAACCGACAAAAUGAACAACAGACUCAGACCCCUCCGGCUGUCAACUCUACCAUCAAGCUGCCAUUUAUAAUUGUGAAUACCAGCAAGAAGACCGUCAUAGAUUGCAGCAUUUCUAGUGACAAAUUUGAAUAUCUAUUCAAUUUUGACCAUGCCUUUGAAAUACAUGAUGAUAUCGAGGUACUGAAGAGGAUGGGGAUGUCAUUCGGACUGGAAUCAGGGAAAUGUACAACGGAAAAUCUAAAACUGGCCAAAUCCUUUGUACCGCGAGCCCUGGAAGGAUAUGUGUCAGACAUGGCAUCGGGGACAUCUUGGGCAGACCAAGGACUUCAUUUCAAUGCAUCGCAGACCGUCUCUGCAGCAAACACUGCCAGCACCACCACUUACUCCCAAUCCAGUGUAAAUCCAGGAUUAUUUUUUGACACCGAAGUGUCCCUGACAAAUAGCAGCCAUCACUCCAGUUCUGGAACAUCCCAUUAUACAGAGUCACGGGGGGAGACCCCAUGUUCAUUUGAUGACUAUGAUGAAGACGAUUCCUCUUCUCUGGAAUAAUAAUGGCAGUAUAGCAUGUACAUGUGAGAAUGUAUAUGUAAGUGUGUAUGCGUAGUGUAGUCUUCCAACGCAAUUUCGAUGGCUGUCCGCAUCGAGAUCUCAGACUGUUUUCUCCAAAUGAAAACGAGCAGUGGACACUGCCAUAUUUUCAGAAUGCUUUAAGAUGGCGUCUUGUCGGAUGUGGAAUGACUUGAUUGCCCCAAUAACGCUAUUUGGUUUUGGUUGGUGGGCAGGGAUCAAACACAGGGUAUGUGAAUUUUUUUUUUUUUCCCCCCCUUUCCGCUGUGAGAGUAAAUUUUCUUUCUCUGCAUGGCUGAUGGAGCACACCCCUUUGCCACUUCUGGACAACGCAUCUUUUGGAAAUUCCUGUCAUAAGCUUGAGACCACUUUGGUAUCCCAGAGCAUCCUGCCCAUUUGGAAGUCAUGUCUGCCAACGAUCUGUGAAAGAGACGCUGCUAUUUUCUGAUUGCUGCAGAUAGCGGGGGAAAUCAGAAGAUUUUUGUUUCUGUUAAAGUGGUUGUCUUAUACACAAGGAACUAAAAGAUUUUAGCACCAACUGUACUGAAAAUAAAGGGAAUACUGUGAUGGGGAAUGCUGUUGAGGAAAAGGUUUCUAAUUGUUAAAAGAAAAACAACCAGGUUUUUUUUUUUUUUUUGCUUGUUUUUCCAGUUGUGAGAAAUAUAUGGUAUUGGGAAAUGUCUUCUCCAUCGUAUACUAUAACAAAAGCAGCAGGACACAGUCACGAUUGGAUGCAAUGUUCUGGGUGCAGCUCACAAGGAAUUUCCACAUUACAAUGACAAACAAACACACAGGGAAAUGUGUCUUUGUACGUCUAAAAGAUUUAUUAAUGUGUGCCCAUCUCAUACACACACUGCCGGCAGUCAUUCUGUGGGCUAUCCGAAGACACAGCCUAUCGGGUCACUAAACAAUGAGGCCAGCUUACUAGUAGAUUUAUAGCCUUGACUUCUAAUGAGCAAUGCUACAAAAUGGCCGUCUCCACUGUGUGUAGGGUAUGGGCAAGGAUAUAGGUGUUUGAGUUCCACUCUGACUGUCCACUAGAGAGAAGUUUUUGGAGCCCUAAACCAAUUUAAUGUUAUUUUACUAGAACUGCUGGAUUUUUUCAGAAUAAAACCCCCAAAAUCUGCCAUGUGUAAAAAAAAAAAAAAAAAUACAAACAUUUCAUUAUUUUGUCUGCAGGAGAAGAAUUUAUUCCUAAAAAAGAAGAAUGCUGCUAAUAACUCUCAUUGGUUACUCAAUGUUGUGUUCUGUGUUUUUUGUAUAUGGCCAAAGCUAAAAAGAAUUUUAUAAUGUAGCUGGGCAGCUAUAUUGUGAGCCAUGUAUAUGCGCUGCGCCAUACCUUUUCUUUACUAUAAGGAACUUUAUUCUUUGUUUUGGUUUUUUUUUUUUUUUUUAAUUUUCAUCUAUUACCGCCAGCCAGUUCACUUAUGUGUUUUUUUGUUUGUUUAUUUUUUAGAUAAUUAUACAAAAUCUAGAUUUUUAAUUUAAUGCAAAAUCCUAUAUCUUUAAAAUCACCCAAUUUAUUAUUUUAAUUUGUGAUUUUGAAAUGUUGUGUUUUUUUUCUAUUGCUUUACCUGCUCGUCUCUUCUCCUAAACAUAAUGGUGGCUGCUUAGUCAGUGAGCUGGGCAAUUAAUAAUGGGAAAGUAGCCUAUCCAUGCUUUCUGCAGCCGUGGUAACCUUGCAUAUGUCACCAUUGUGCUUAGAAGAUGGCUGCAGCCAUUUUGUGGACUGGACCACCAUUCUUCGGCAUGAAGCCUUCUAAACUCACUUCAUGCCAUGGAAGACAUGUACUAAGGGUAUCCGUACUAUAGAGCUACACUAAAAAGGUCUACAGUCAAGAGGUCUACCACUAAUGGUAGACAUGCAUUUGGUACGACAGGGUCAAAAAGUUGACCGGGUCAAAAGGUCGACAUGUAAAAUGAAGACCGGUCAAAAGAUCGACAUGACAAUGGUAGACACAAGUUUUUUUUUUGUUGUUUUUUUUACUUUUUCAUACUUUAACAUACACGUAGAAUACGAUUGAAAUACUAACCUGUGCCGAGCGCAGCGAGACACCCUGGCUGGAGCAUGGCGAGCCAUGCGAGGGGACAUGGUGCACUAAUGUGGCUUGUUUGUGGCAGAAAAGUGUGUGGGGGGGAAAUAGUGUCGACCAUUUACAUGUCGACCUUUUGACCCUGUCAACCUAAUGCGUGUCUACCAUUAGUGGUAAACCUAUUGACUGUAGACCCGUUUAGUCUAGAUCUAAUAAUCCACACCCGUACUAAGCCUUGUAGAGUGAUAAAGUGAAGAGAAAGAAAUUACCAACCAAUCAGCUCCUAGCUCCUUUUUCAAACAUAGGGAGGGAUGUACUAAGCAUUGGAGAGUCAUACACUGGAGAGAGAUAAAGUACCAUGCAAUCUGUAAAGCUGAUUAUUUGUUUAUCUCUCUCCAAGGCUUAGUACAUUUACCGUUUUGGGGUCUAUUUACUAAGCAUGGAUGGAGAUAAAGGGGGUCUAUUUAAUAAGCUUUGGACGGAGAUAAAGUACCAGCCAUUCAGCAUCUAACUGCCAUGUCACAGGCUGAAAAAUGACAGGAUCUGAUUAGUUGGUACUUUCUCUCGGCCCACUUUAUCUCCAAACAAGGCUUAGUAAAUAUACCUGAAAGUACCAGCCAAUCAGCUCCUGUCAUUUUUCAGCCUGAAAAAUAGCAGUUAGGAGCUGAUUGGCUGGUGCAUUUAUCUCUCGAAUUUAUCACUGUCCAAGUCAUUCGUGUUCAGUGCCAUGUUAGUGUGAAAUCUCGUGAAUGGUGGCCCAGGCCACACAACUGCCUCUGCUAUAGUCAGGCAGUGGGUACAUAUUAAAUACCGUGUCGUUUAUUUAAUUAGUGUGUGGAAUAUAUUCAUUUUGUUGUUAUGUUAAGCUAUAUGUUCUUAUUGCCUGCAGGGCGUCUUUCUUGAAGCAAUUUAAGCUCUACGUGAAAGGUUUGCAUAGAUUACAUCAUUUUGGUGUCUCUUACAUAUUUGUUUAGGGAUGACCAAACAGAGGUCUUCUUUUUAUCAUAGAAACUCAUUAACCCACCGAGUUUAUUUUCCAAGAUAUAAGGCUUCAGAUAUUCUUGGGUAAUUGGGAAUAGACCUCUGUACCCCAGCUGUUAUAAUGCACUUUGCACCCACAUGGAAACAAGGGGUGACCUGUCACACAGAGGACAGAGUUAGCUGCUUCAUCAUAAUGGGAGCAUAUCCAUAAACGUAAAAUAAUAUAGAAAUUAACUUGCCAAAAAUGCAGUUUUGUUUCAUAGAGAUAUGGAGUAUUUCACUUUAAACUGCUGAUUUUACAAUGUUUAAAAUGCAUAAAUAAUACAAUUGGCAAGAACGUG